GGGUUUUUCGAGUGCAGGUUUUUUUGGGGGAGGGUUCAGGAGGUUUUUGUGGCCCCCCCUGACCCCCCCUCCCCGCAGAGCUCCGAGGACAGUUCCCGCAUCUCCAUCACGUUUUUCCGGCUGUUCCGGGUGAUGCGGCUCGUGAAGCUCCUCUCCAAGGGCGAGGGGAUCCGGACCCUGCUCUGGACCUUCGUCAAAUCCUUCCAGGCCCUGCCCUACGUCGCCCUCCUCAUCGCCAUGAUCUUCUUCAUCUACGCCGUCAUCGGGAUGCAGACCUUCGGGAAGGUGGCUCUGCAGGACGGGACCCAGAUCAACCGCAACAACAACUUCCAGACCUUCCCCCAGGCCGUGCUGCUGCUCUUCAG